CCAUCAGAUUUAAACACGUCAGCGCAGCCGAACCAAAAAACGCCCUCGGUCUCGUCAGACCGGCGAUAUUCGGCGAUUCACAACUCGACUUCCUCCCAAAACGCAAAGUUCCUCCUUUGCCCAUCCCGUCUGGUGCCGUCUGUCUCACCGAAAGAAUCACCCUGUGUCUGGCGAAGAUGAGAGUGCUUGCCCUGUUGUUUGCUGGCCUAGUGGCUACAGUGGAGGCCAGUUACAAUAUGGAGAUAACAAUUGAAAUGUGUGAGAUUGAUCAGUGCAAUUGCCAAGCGCCGCAGGGACAAUCUGAGCGCUCCUUGACGCGACGGGAUGACCUCGGCGGCUGUCAUUGCUUGUGUGGUUCGUUGAAGGGCGAGGAUUGCGACAGAGAUGAAGACUGCGUGAGUGGAUUGACCUGCGGUGCUGGGAGUCACAAAGAUAAACCUGGUCAAUGCGAAGAUGCCUGCGUGAAGCAUAAACAAAAAUGUGGCUUGUAUGAAAAGUGCAUAAUCGAAGCUGGCAAGCCGGUGUGUACUUGUUCAAAGAUGUUCGAUUGCACAGAGAGAGUGAUCGGCCCAAUUUGCGCUCUGGACACCGAGGACAACACAACCUCUACUUAUCUGAACCCAUGUCUACUGGCCAAUGAAAACUGCAAGCGCUUGAGAAAUGGAAAGAAGAAGCUGAAGCAAAUGCAAAAGGAAAACUGUGCAGAGGUGCAUCAUGAGGAAAUCAGCGGAGCGAGCCUGGGUGCUUUCCGGUUCGACAAACGUUACUAGACGCCGCCGGACGAUCAUGGUCCCUAGUUUACUGUAACAGUGGCAAAUCGGACCUAGAUUAUAGAAAAGAGGAUUGAGGUAAUCUCCACAUGGUGCAAUUUAACAUCAAAUUUUUAAAGGCGCAUUCUAUUCAAGAUUAUCAUGAUGAUGCGUCUGAAAUAAUUUCUAGUUUCAAUUCUUUGCACAAAAUGAUAUUUUAUUUUUAUUGAUGCGUAGGUCAUUAUUUGGGACGAAUUUUUAGAGCCUACUGAAAGUACUCCUUUUAUUCAGUGUUUGUUAAAGUAAUAUUUCUUAUUAUUAUUUUUUAUUUUGAGGACACUUAGGGUUAAAUGAACAAUUACACUUAUUUUUGCUGAUCAACAUUCAGAAUAAGAAAGGCUGUUUCCUUUUUAAAUAUCAAAAUAAGUAAUACGAAUAAUGUCAAACAUUUACAUAUGGUUUAUUAGUUGGAGUUAUUCACUUGCAUCCUUUGAUCUUUAGUAACAUACCUUGAGGUUAGUAACGAAACCAUCAUAAUGCUGAGGUCUUUUCGACUGAAUUUUAUAGCGUUGUUAGCUACAAUCGCCUUUGUGAUCUUUAAGUGACGAAAAGAAUCAAACUGCCGGGUCUGAGCUAAUAAUAGCCGCCGUCGAUUGGAUGAAUCUACCUGCAACACCUACUGCAUUAAAUGUUACCAAACUUUCGCUGUAAAAUUUAAGAAUUAGACAUGAUUUACUGGAAGACUUCGCGUUCGGUGUACGGCUUCCAAAUGGAUACAAGGUUGCAUGAAAUCGCUAAGGAUAAAAAUAAAAUCCUCUGAAAGUAACAUU